GAAAGUAUAUAGCGCUGUUCCUAAUAAUGUUCUCCGGUAUUAUGCGGCCGAGUGUUACAUCGGGUAUUUAUUACCUGGUGUUCAUGGGUGCGGCGACGGCGUGGGCGCUGGGGCGGCCGUUGGAGCGCGGGUUCGCGGUGGUCGGCCGCUGCCUCAUGGCCGUCAUGGCCGCGCACAUCGCCGUGCUGCUCGUCUACCAGUGCUCUUGGAUCAUCGACAUUUACCCGCCGGAUGAGAACUUCGCCAGAUACUUUGGCUUAACGAAAUUAGUGGCAAUAAAUGACACAGACGCACAAAACUUCACCUACGAAGUGACAGACGAUCACAUGUGGGCAACACUCGCAAGUCCCCUAGUCAUUCUUUUUACUUACUUCUUCCUUGCUAUUGAGAGCCGCGAACUGUUUAAGCCGAAGGUUGCAUAUUCAUACAUAAAUUCCCAAGCACUGAGCGGGGACGUCGGUGAGAACACACCUCUGAUCCGCACGCUGAGCCCGAGCAAGCGUUGGGGCGCGCGCUCGCGCUCCGCCUCGCGCCAGCUGCACCAGGACUCCACCGGCUCCGUCGUCGUGCCCGAUGACGAAUCCAUAAUGGAGGACGAAGAACCAACAUUUAUGGACGACGUGGUUGCUGCUAUUAUAGACUUUUUCCAAGUUUUGAUCAGGUCGUCGUACAUAGCGACGACGAUCACGAUGAUGGCGUGGAGCAUAAUGUUCCACUCGUGGCUGACGUUCGUGUUCCUCAUGUGGGCAAACGUGGUGUGGCUGUGCCACGACCAGCGCUCCUUCAUGCUCAAGACGAGCCCGGUGCUCGUCUGCUACGCCAUGCUGCUGCUUCUCGUCCAGUAUAUUUACGGAAUGAAUUUGUACGAGAGUGAGCUACCGUCCAAUAUAACGGAGGUGAACCUGCGGCAGAUCGGCGUGGGGCGCGCGGCGGGCGAGCCGUGCGUGGCGCUGCUGAUCAAGUCGCUGUUCACGUGCAUGUUCUGGGUGACGCUGCGCCAGCGCGUGCAGGAGCUGCGCCAGCGCCGCCGUGAGGCCGCCGCCGCCGACGUCGCCGCGCCGCUGCACCUCACGCUCUCCACCGCCGCCAGCGCGCUGGAGCAGGGCGCGGGCGCGGAGGGCGGCGCGCAGUCGCGGCUGCUGCGCGCGGGGGGCGCGUGGCUACGAGCCGCGUGCGCGCGCUACUGGAUCUACGUCGUUGUCAUCAUGCUCUUCGUCAUCGGCGUCACCGGCGACCGCAUGACCAUCUUCCGCAUCAUCUAUAUGUUCCUUUUCCUCUCCUUCAUACUCAUGUUUCAGAUAAGCUGGUACUGGUGGCGACGUUUAAUGUACAUGUUUUGGAUAACAGUGAUUAUAUACUCAAUGAUCAAUCUUAUACUCAUUUACAUAUACCAGUUCGAUAACUUUUCUAAGACUAUAGAGACCUACCUCAUGAUUAACGAGAGAUUGCAACACGAUUUGGGUUUAGAACCGUAUAAUCCCGCUGACUUGUUUGUAAAAUUAUUAACGCCUACGUUGUUCCUUAUAAUAACAAUCAUGCAGGUUCACUACUUCCACAAAGACUUUAUGGCGUUGUCUGAUCCUAAAACAAGGACAAACAGUGUUGCCAGAGAGUCCAGUCGUCCAAGUCAAGCUGGUGCUUCAACUAUGAAAGAUGAUUUGCCAGCGUUACCCUUGGAAGAAGAGCAGGCUGGUUCACUUGAAAUGGAUUCCAAAAGCGAUACAGAGGCUGACCAUUCUCUCGAGAUGUCUUCAGUGAACACGGCUGCUAAACGUUCAUUAUAUAGGAAGCCGUCCCGCAGGCAUGCGUACGCGGCGAGAGGCGCACAUCGCGCGCGGAUUGCGCAUGCGCUGGCCGGCCUGCGCCGCCGCCUGCACCGCAUCGCCGAUCACACCUUCGUCUACCUCGACAUACACCUCGUCAAGAUCAUCUUCCUCGCGCUCAUGCUGCUCUGCGUUAUGAACGUGUGUGCAUUGCAUGUUCCAAUCAUGAUAAUUAUUUCUCCGGCCUUACUGCUAAACUCCCGAAGACAACGUUUUUGUGUACUUCUUAUUUCAACUCUUAUUAGCAUUUAUCUAAUGGCGAAAAUGGUUUAUCAAAUUGAAUACAUCCAGCACUCAAUUUUCGACGUGAAUUGCACUUCGGCUGGAGAAAACAACACAAUUAAUGUAACAACGUAUAACAAUGCGGAAUGGGUGGGUUUCUACAAAGCAACACGCGACCGACCUCUAGUCAAGCUGCUAAAAGGAUACAUUGGACUGAUUGCCGUGUUUACAUUUUACUCGCUAGUCACAUAUAGGCAGCAGAAUAUCAGAGAUCAAGGUCUUCUACCUAGAGAUGCGGAUAAAUUAAUGUUCCCAGAAAUAACACGUAAAGAAGCUGAUAAAGACUUGAUCCACUGCAUCAAGUACUUAGUGAAUUAUGGUUUCUAUAAGUUCGGUGUUGAGAUAUGCUUGAUCUGCCUGAUGGGUGUGAUCGGGUCGCGCAUGGACGUGUACGCGGCGGUGUACGCGGGCUGGCUGCUGGUGCUGGUGUCGUGCGGGCGCACGCGACUGGCGCGCCUGUGGCCCGCCUUCACCGCCACGGUCACCGCGCUCGUGCCGCUGCAGUACAUGCUGGCGCUCGGCUUCCUGCCGCAGUUCUGUCUGCGCUACCCCUGGACGGGCGACUCGCAGCAAAUGAAACACAUUCGAACAUGGCUAUUUUUACCAUACGCGCCGGAGCCGCCUCAUGCAAUAAAACUAAUUUUUGAUUACUUCUUGCUGCUAUUUGCGGCGCGACAACUCCGAGUGUUCCGACUGGAGAGCACAUACGGCGAUGCUUAUCCAGGGGGCUCUAACCGCGAGGACAUCGGCAAGGAUUGGGAAACGCCAAGCUUUGUGAACCCUGUCCCUGAUUUCCUCGGAUAUGUUGGAUCGUGGCUAGACGUCAUCAAACGCAUGGUGUUCUUGGGCAUGCUGUGGGUAACCUUGGCCAUCAUGUUCAUGACGGGCACAAACCGUGUAAAUCUGUUUUCAAUGGGCUACCUCAUAGGUUCUUUCAUUUUCCUAUGGCAGGGAACGGACUUCUACCUCCGUCCGAAGGAGUCCAUUUUACAAUGGUGGUCAUGGUUACUGCGUUACAACGUUUGCGUUGUUGUGGUGAAAGCGUUGCUGCAGAUCCCGGGCUGUAUGUUCAGCGCAAUGAUGCAGGAGCGCGCCUGCUGGCUGGUGCAGCUGCUCGGCAUCGGUUGCGUCGACAAGUUCGCCGGCGGCAACAUCGCACGCUUCCUCAAGAUGCAGUACGACAAGGACUCUGCGUGUUCAGUGCCUCAGGAAGAUAUAGGUCUCGCUUGGGAUGGUGUCUGCUUUGCUUUUCUUAUUCUUCAACGAAGACUGUUCCAUAGCUAUUACUUUUAUAGGGUUAUUGACGAAAGCAAAGCGACUACCGUACUUGCCUCCAGGGGUGCGGAGUUGAUUGAAGAGUUACGACAAAAACAAAUGCAGGUACAAGAGGAACAAGAGGUAAAGAUAUUAGAAAAAAUCAAGGUGAAGAUGGAAAGGAUAAAGGCUAAUCAAAAGAAAAUACAAGGUGCAAUGACUAAGGAACCGCUGCAGCACGAUGCCGAAGAAGAGGAGAAGGACUCGCGUCAGGGUGAAUCGGAGCGGGUGCCGCUGGUGUGCGGCGACUCGGAGGCGUCGCGCGGCUUCCACACGCCUGACAGCGCUGCCUCGCCGCGCGGCUUCCACACGCCCGUCAGCGAGGCAUCCGCCCCACCGUCCCCCGCACGCUCCCCUCCGCGCUCCCCGCCACCAGCCGCUCUUCCCGCCCCCACCUCGCAGGGUGGCCCCCCCUCGCCCUCCUCUGCCCUCAUGACGGUGUCCCUCGACGCGUACCUGGAGCCGAGGCGCAUCUCGUUCGAGUCCCCUCCGUCGUCGGAUCUGCUACCGCGAGCGCAGAGUCCGGAGGAGUCGUACCCGGUGUUCUCGCCGCCUCCAAUCCGCCGCCGCCACACGGUGGCCAGCCCCAGCCUCCUACACCGGACUUCCGUUAUAUCGCACUCGAGUCGCGCCGAACCGAACUCUCAUCAUACGUGUAGCGGAACAGAUUCCGCGACUAGACGACGUGUGUACACUAAGCGACACGAAGCUGUACGCUCUGGAGACUACUACAUGUUUGACGAGUUCGAUGACACCGAAUUGCAUAUGAAAGACGACGAGUCAAGUUCUGAUGAAGAUGCUCCUAAAGAAAUGGGAAUUGGAAAGCUUCGUAGUGCAACGCCGCCCGCGGACCCAGUGGAAGAACGCGACGUGCAACUCUCGGAGCGUGACCGACCGCCCUCAGACAUUGACGACUUUGCACCGAUACCCGAAAGAGAAUCAUGGAUAGACAAGUUGAAGUGCUUCACGGAUACGGCGUGGGCAUUCAUUUCAAGCAUCCUAGUGUCGCUAACACGACACCUCAUGAAGUACUCCCGCGACUACCGCUAUGUGUCACGAACGCUAUCCGUCGAAAAGAAAAUACUCAAGGAAAAGGAAGGCUUCGGCAUAGGACUGCGCGAAGGUUCGCAAAUGAUUUGGGAGCCAUUACCUGAAACACUUGCACACCACAAAGAUGUGACGACGCUCCAGGAACAAGAUGACUCCAUGUUCAAGCAGGAGAAGUCGCCGGUAGUGCAUCUGGGUUAUGCGCUGUGGUACGCUAUUUUGGCUCACACUGACAUCGUCUGUUAUCUAAUGGUUUUCAUUAAUCAGAUUCAGUCUGCGACGAUUCUAUCCAUACCUUUACCGCUCAUGGUAUUCCUGUGGGGCACACUUACUAUACCACGGCCAACUAAAACUUUCUGGGUCACAUUAAUAGCAUACACAGAGGUUAUUGUGCUCAUAAAGAGUAUGUUCCAAUUCGAAAUCCUUCCAUGGAACCAGAAGGCGAUACCGGCCAACAUGCCUUUCACAGCUCCGAGGAUAAUCGGCAUUGAGAGAAAAUACAACUACGCUCUCUACGACUUAUUACUUCUGCUCAUCAUAUUUUUGCAUAGGUUCAUGCUGAAGUCGUUGGGUCUGUGGAAAGAGUCAUCGCCGGAGGUAGAAAUACAUGAGGAUAUGGAGUAUGAGCUGUCAGCGGAGGACACGCGCCUCAUCGUGGAGGGUCGUGGCGCCGAAGUGGGCCGCAAAUACGCAGAGCUGCAUCACCGCACCGCACCACACCUUGAUGUUGGCUCAAACGGGAUAAUGAGGCAGCCCAUCACAGAUUCAGCAACUGUGCCGCAAGAGUUUGACGAACAACGGGAAGAGGAACCUGGUCCCUCCAAGCCAUCAGAUGACGACCAUUACAAAGUUAAUGACGAUCAAGAGCCGAUUAUUGCAGUAACGACAACAUUAGAGGAUACAUACAAUCAUUACCCACAAGUGAUGUUACUAUCGGUGAAGCGCUACUUGCGUCCGUCGCAGCGGUUCUUCCGGCGCAUGCUGGCGCCGGGUGCACGCGUCACUGCCGACGUGUACGCCUACAUGUUCCUCUGCGACUUCCUCAACUUCCUCGUCGUCAUCUUUGGAUUCGCCGCCUUCGGGACGCAUCAGGGCGACGGCGGCGUGCAGGCGUACCUGGAGGAGAACAAGGUGCCGAUCCCGUUCUUGGUGAUGCUGAUCCUGCAGUUCGGGCUCAUCGUCAUCGACCGCGCGCUCUACCUGCGCAAGUUCAUGCUCGGCAAGAUCCUCUUCCAGUAUGCGCUCAUCAUCGGCGUACACAUCUGGAUGUUCUUUGUGCUACCGUUCAUCACCGAAAGGACUUUUAACGCGCUGCUGCCGCCGCCCAUGUGGUACAUGGUGAAGUGCGUGUACCUGCUGCUGUCCGCCUACCAGAUCCGCUGCGGCUACCCGCGGCGCAUCAUCGGCAACUUCCUCUGCAAGUCCUACCGCUUCCUCAACAUGAUAUUCUUCAGGGGCUUCAUGGCGGUGCCAUUCGUGUUCGAGCUGCGCACUCUCAUGGACUGGAUUUGGACGGACACGUCCAUGACGCUGAUGGAUUGGCUUAAAAUGGAGGACAUAUUUGCGAGCGUAUUCCUUCUGAAGUGCUCUCGGUACGUUGAAGAUGAGUUCCCCCAGCCACGGGGCGUUAAGAAGUCCAGUACUUCGAAGUAUUUGCUGGGUGGGGGCGUGCUCGCUUUCAUUAUUGCUAUCAUUUGGUUCCCGCUUGUCUUCUUCGCGUUUGGAAACUCGGUUGGCGAACCGAAUCCACCUAACGACGUGACAGUAAAAAUACGCAUUGGACCGUUCCUCCCGGUAUACCAGAUGUCAGCGCAGUCGCAUAAUAUAGAUGUGUACACGGAGCAGGACUACACGCAGCUGAGCAACCUGUACGCACGCGACCGCACGGCGCAGACGUUCCUAUCCAACUACAUGUACAACGACGUGGCCGUCAUCACCAUCAACCCCAACUCCACCAUGAAGUGGGAGAUCUCGCCGCCCGAGCUGGCGCGCCUCGAGCGCGAGGCUUCCUCCAACGCUUCGUUGACUGUCAAGUUCACUUACGUGAUCACGCACCCCAGUAACAACGCUCAGAAUCCACCCACAAUGGAAGACCAUCGCGAAGUGGAAAUGAAAGCCUUCAUAGACGACAAACCCAAUCCUGAACGUGAGACACUCCUCAAACUUCUGGCCGGCACUUCCGCACCCGACACUUGGUUACAUGUGAAGACACUGUUUCCUAAAUUCGUUAAAGUGUUCAACAAAGGAGCGGCAAAACCAUCUUACCAGUUAAUGCCACCUACCAUGGAUGAAGAUGAGAGCGCGCGACUGUACCGCAAUGUUCAACUUCGUCUGGAAAGAGAAGGCAGCGCUAUGUACUGGCGGGUGCGGGAAGCCUGCGAGCCGAGAGACCCACUAGCGUCGAUACCUAUGAACAACUGCGACAUGCUUGUCAUGUACACGUUCAACGAUAAACUGUUCCCCGAGACGCUCAACUUUAUUUCUGCCGGAGGCAUCAUCGGGUUGUAUACAACGUUCGUGUUCUUGGCGUCUCGUCUUCUGCGCAACUUCUUCUCCGGCAUCUACACCAAGAUCAUGUUCGACGACCUCCCCAAUGUUGACCGCGUGCUUCAACUCUGUCUCGAUAUCUACUUGGUACGCGAGGCACUUGAAUUGGCGCUUGAAGAAGAUUUGUUCGCAAAACUAGUGUUCCUGUACCGCUCGCCUGAAACUAUGAUAAAAUGGAGCAGACCUAAAGAAGAAGAACCGGAGGAACAAAGAGCGCUUCCCGCGCCUCCCUAA